UUCCCUAGGCGGGAGAGAGCGGAAGCACCCCCGGGGCAAGCUGGGAGAUGUAGUUCCUGACUCUUCCUGGACCGGAAGUGACGGGUGAGAGAGAAGAAGCCGAGUUGCAAGCGCACGCGGGUCGCUCCGGCUCUACCUGGCUUGCGCGGGGCUGUUGGAGCCUCUCCCGGGGCCGGAGAAGGACAGGUGGUAGAAUGACAUCCUUUUUUUGCUCCAGCUCAUCCCAUCCUCCCAUGGGAGAGGGAAGAGAAAUGAGUGCAGGGAAGCCUGUUAAGGGACUGGUGACCUUCGAGGAGGUGGCUGUGUAUUUCAUCAGGGAAGAGUGGGCUCUGCUGUACCCCACUCAGAGAGCCCUCUACAGGGAUGUCAUGCAGGAGAACUAUGAGAAUGUGACCUCAUUGGCAAGGUUUCCUGUUACCCAGCCUGAUGUGAUCUCCCAGCUGGAACAAGGGGAAGAGCCAUGGGUCCCAGACUUCCAGGGCUCUGAGGAAAGAGAGAUCCUGAGAGCUCCCCGCACAGCUGGUGAUGCAAUGGCAUGUGAGAAAGAGGAGCAGAAUUCUCAGAAGGAAAAUGUUGAGCAAGUGGAUAAACACAGAGCAUUAUCGCAAAGAUCAAAAAGGAAUGUGUCCAGGAGUAAUGAGCAGGGAAAUUCCUUUGAGAUUCAGCACAGACCAGAAAGAGAGCAGGGAAACCAGCCAGGGGAGAAAUUGGAUAAAUGUAUUUCCUGUUGGGGAACUCAGAAUGUCCUCAUGGAAACCACAACACAACAGGAAAUCCUUAGGCGAAAGAGAAAAAAAUACAUGCACUGAGUGUGAGAAAAACUUCACUCACAGAUCAAGCCUUUCUGUUCAUCUGAGAAUCCACACAGGGGAGAGGCCCUACGAAUGCCAUGAGUGUGUGGCAAAACCUUCAAUCAAAGCUCAAACCUUUCUAAGCAUCGGAGAAUCCAGGCAGGGGGCAGGCCCUACAAAUGCAGUAAUUGUGGGAAAACCUUCACUCACAGAUCAGCCCUUUCUGUGCAUCAGAGAAUCCACACAGAUGAGAUGCCCUAUGAAUGCAAUGAGUGUGGGAAAAGCUUCGCUCACAGAUCAGCCCUUUUUAGACAUCAGAGGAUCCACACAGGUGAAAGACUCUAUGAAUGCAGAUGACAUGGAGAAAGUUAAAGUGCAGUUCUAUCAACAGGAGAGAACUCUCUAAUUUACUGGACAGGCUAACAAAGAAACAGCAGUGAUUUAAAAUCUCCACUCAGAAAUGGUGAACAACAGCACAACCCCAGCUAACUGAAGGAAGUGCAUAUGAUCACAGUAUAUUUCAGUUGUUUAAGGCAAUAUUGUCUCUGAUGAUCUGGGAAGAGAAUUCCAUGGUAAGUGGUUUUGAACUAGGCAAAAUGCUCAUGUGUUUGGUUCCCAAAGCAUUUGUAAGUUAUUAUGGUGUGGUGUGCAGUUACAGUUCACCAGUAACUGCACACCACACCAUAAUAACUCUAGCUCAGGAACCAAUCCAUGCAACAAACCUCGAUGCCAACUCUGCCCACAUAUCUACACCAGCGACACCAUCACAGGACCUAACCAGAUCAGCCACACCAUCACUGGUUCAUUCACCUGCACAUCCACCAAUGUAAUAUACGCCAUCAUAUGCCAGCAAUGCCCCUCUGCUAUGUACAUCGGCCAAACUGGACAGUCUCUACGGAAAAGGAUAAAUGGACACAAAUCAGACAUUAGGAAUGGCAAUAUACAAAAACCUGUAGGAGAGCACUUCAACCUCCCUGGCCACACUAUAGCAGACCUUAAGGUGGCCAUCCUGCAGCAAAAAAACUUCAGGACCAGACUUCAAAGAGAAACUGCUGAGCUUCAGUUCAUCUGCAAAUUUGACACCAUCAGCUCAGGAUUGAACAAAGACUGUGAAUGGCUUGCCAAUUACAGAACCAGUUUCUCCUCUCUUGGUUUUCACACCUCAACUGCUAGA